CCGCGGCAGUCGGUGCGCGCUCGCCUUCCGCCUCAGAGCAGCGGGGCGGCCGCGGUCGGGCCUGUGCCGGGGCGGCUGUGGCACCGCCGUCGCCGCUCUUCGGCUGCGUAACUCUUCCCCCGGCCCCUCCCUUCCCUUCCCCUCGGGCCCAGCGGCGGCGAUGGGUUCCCGGGCGUCCACUCUGCUGCGGGACGAGGAGAUCGAGGAGAUCAAGAAGGAGACGGGCUUCUCCCACAGUCAAAUCACCCGCCUGUACAGUCGCUUCACCAGCCUGGACAAAGGAGAAAAUGGCACUCUUAGCCGUGAAGACUUCCAGCGGAUUCCAGAGCUUGCCAUCAAUCCACUGGGAGACAGAAUUAUCAAUGCCUUCUUUCCAGAAGGAGAGGACCAGGUGAAUUUCCGUGGAUUCAUGAGGACACUAGCGCACUUCCGACCCAUAGAAGAUAAUGAAAAGAGCAAAGACCAGAAUGGACCAGAACCACUGAACAGCAGAAGUAACAAGCUCCACUUUGCUUUUCGAUUAUAUGAUCUAGAUAAAGAUGACAAAAUUUCCAGGGAUGAGCUUCUCCAGGUAUUACGGAUGAUGGUUGGUGUAAAUAUUUCUGAUGAACAGCUGGGCAGCAUUGCUGACAGGACAAUCCAGGAAGCUGAUCAAGAUGGAGAUAGUGCCAUCUCCUUUGCAGAAUUUGUAAAGGUUUUGGAGAAGGUGGAUGUAGAGCAGAAAAUGAGCAUUCGAUUCCUUCACUGAUGGAUGGAGAGCCUAUUCCUUUCUACUCCAACUGUGUAAUGAAUAGAACUUCAUUUUCUCCUUAGCACCAUACCCCAAAGCAUUGCUACUGGUGCAUAUACAGUACAUCUCAACCCCUCCCUGAUUUGUUCUACCAAUGUGAACAUUCCCUGUGCAACAGGAACGAAGGGAAAUGGCUGCCAUACAACUUGGAAAAGGAGCUUUUUUUUAAUGCUGUCCAUCCUGGGUUUUUUGCCCUUUCUCUUGUCUCCUUCUGCACUACCGUUUCAGUAAAAAUGUCUCUCCUUAAACACUACUGUUUAAUCUACAAACUGAUUCUUCUGAGCUCUGAAUCUGAGACUAGAAAAACGGGAGCGUGCCACAGAAGUGCCCUCUGAAACAUUUCAGAGACAAGCAUCUACUCAAAUACUAGGUGCAUUGAUAAUUUCACUUUUGCCACAUUACAGCUGCCUUUUUAAAAAAAAAAAUUUUGCCCCUUUCCCAUUUGGCUCUUUACAUGCAGACUUGUUUCUUCAGUGCUUCCAAGUCUGCCUUUUACUUGAGAACUUCUCAGUUUUUAUGGCUUCAUUGUACAACUAUCACAAAUGCAUGAUGAUAGCUAAGUGUACUUUAAAGUACUGUGAAUAGAUUUUGUUCUUUGUAGAAUGAAUUCACAGGGACAAUAGUAGAAUCUGUGGUGGGGACAGGCUGUGGUAUUCUCAAAAGGAAUAGGAAAUCUGCACUAUGUCACUAUGUCACUUGAACUGUUCUAGCAGCAGAGGCAGAAACUUGUUUCUUUGCUUUGCAUAGCUUGCAGGCUUGACAGCUGGUGGACCAUGAGGUGUCCUCUCCAGAUUGUUUUCGUCUAAGAUCCCUCCCCUCAUCAGGGUGGUUUUGUGUCUGAAAGUGUACAUUUGCUUACCAGUGUGCAAAAUGCAAGAAAACCAGACAUGCUAAAAUCUGGAUUUGUAGUUCUGUAACUGCCCCCGGUAACAGUGUCAUGAAACACGAAAUCGUGAAACUGAUUUCAUAAGGUUUUUUUCCCAAUUAUAGUGGCCUGCCUAAUGAGUAAUUAUUUAUAUUUCCCAGUAUGAAAGUCCUAGUCUGUUAUAUUUAUGUUAAGGGUGGUAGCUGUAUUUAAGAAAGCUCUGGCAUAAGAAUACAAUUUUAGAAAGAUCGUAUUAUCCCAGAUAUUUCAGAAUGUAUUUCUAUACAAAUCUCUUUGCAAGUGUAAGAUGAUUAAUACUAUUAAUGUAAUGCUGAUAAAUUAAAGAGAUUGGAAUCCUUGAAGGUUCAAUAGUAACAAUUUUCUGUGGCUAGAUUGACAAAUGAUCUCGUGUAGUUCAGCUAGAGCAUUCCACAGUCUGGGAGAUACUUCCAAUAAAACCAAAAAAUCCUGGGAGCUUGUUUAUUGAAGAAUCGGUGUUAUAACUGCUUCUCUGUCAGGUGUUAACGUUUCUAUAAAUACUUACCAGUCUCAAAACUACUGUUAAAUGUGCAUUUCCUUUUUUCUCAGUUCCUUCAGUCAUCACUUUUGUUGAAAAAUAACAUGCAAGUCUCUGAAGGAUUUUUGAUUUGUUAUAAAUAAAGGAAUUCAAAAGUAAAAUGUUGCACUUCAUAGUUUUGCAGAGUGCAGCACAGUUCUAGAAAGAAAUGUAAAUUAAAAAGCUCUACUCGGUAUGAGAAAGAAACAUUAUACUUUUAUAACUGCCUCAUGUAAAAUAGGAAUGUAACUGUACUAAUGAAAAGUAAAAAUUGCUUGUAGGCUUUGUGCUUUGCUAAGAAGUAGGUGUUGCUGUCUUCUGACACUACAGUUGUAACCUACAGUUGUGCCUUAUUGUCCCAGUGAGACUGGAUAUUGUAUUUAUCAACCCAUAAAUAAACCUUCCACUGUAUAAACAAAAACCAAAACCAAACCAUCCCCCAGCUCUUCUGAAGGGCAACCACCUAUCCUUUAAUUACUGGAAAAGCUAAAAACCAGUAAGAGUGGUGCUAGCAGGUCUUACGGAUCAAUUUCUUAUAACUGAGCUUGUUUUCAGAGUACUGAUAAUCCUUCAUUCUGCUGGCAGAAACCAGUGCAAAACAUGAGCUCCAGAAGAGGACAUGCAGGGCUGGUUUGUGACAUUUGUUCCUACAAGCUCCCACCUCAGAUGUCAGAUAUUUUUGCUAAUGUGCUUGAAGGUGAACACAAAUGGUCUAACAGAUGUACUGCAAAAAAACCCCAUAACACAUUUGAUCAAAGAACAACCAACCUUCCUACAAUAAAAAAAAAAAUUCUCAGCUAUCAAGAUCUAACUUUGCCAUUAGCAGAAUCAAUCACAUGUAAAUAACUAUCCUACUCAGUAUUCUGAAAACUAUACAUGUAACAUGGUUUAAAAGGUGGUAGACAGUAAAAGGAGUUUUAGAGAUCUGAGAUCUUAAAUUUGUUAAAUUUAACCUAGCUGUACAGAUACAAGCAGAUUUCCACUAAAGUAGUACUUUUAGCAUACCUGGCUGCUUAUAAAAGUAUUUUGCCUUGAGAAAGGUCAUCUUGAAGGUGAACAUGUUGGCAGCUCAGAGACGGAGCUACUUAAUAUUUCAUCUUUUUCAUUUGGAAAAGUAGUACAAGGGAUAGGAUUUUAAAUAGAGGUGAACCAUUCUCCAGUCUAGUGAGGGAUAGUCUGUUUUCAAAUCUGCAGCUAUGAGUUUAUGUUGAGACUGGCUGCAGGCUUGACUGCACUAAUAUGUGGUUGCAACUGGUACCAGAGUAUUGUGAAGACUGUAGAAAGUGGAAAUAGCUUUGAUAUCUGAUCAGUAGGCCCCUUAGCUUGGCAACAACUGGGAAAAGAAUCCAAAUACAGGCUUUGACUCAUGAAGAGCAGGAGUAAAAAUUAUGUUCUGUAACUGUAGAAUGGAACAUAAAAACGUGCUUUUGGUUCUUUGAAACUGGAACUUUGGUUGUGAAUAGAAUGUGGGCAUAGUAUUGAAGUUAGCAAAAGCGUUUCAUUCUAGUCUGCUCUAAAACGUGACGCGGCAGAAAAGCGUUGUAUUAAAUGUUCGAACACACGUGUUAAGAUUUCGAGCUAAAUGGUUUGUAGUAAUCUGGGAUGAAUCACGGUGAGACGGGGGUGUUUCUCGAGAGUUUUCUGAAUGGGUACGUACUCCUCUUCACACUCUUCAAUGCAUCCACCCGUCAGCUUGAAGUGCAAAAUUACCGCUGCUAAAAAAAAAUUUAAUAAAAAAUUUGCGGAUGACAAAAACCCGGCAGAAUGAGUGAAGGCCGCCUUUCGGAGCAACCAUGAGGCUCGGUGAGCUCAGCAGGUGCUGUGGGGCCGCCGGACCGGGACCCCACGUCCCCGCGCCCGUUCCCCCGGGUCGGGUGGUGCGGCGCUGCUGUCCAGCCUGCCCGCCCUUGCGGCGCGGCCCCUUUAAAUCCCCGUGGAGGUCACCGGAGGACUCGCCCCGGGCCAGUCCCGCUCGCGCCGCCCGAGCCAAUCCCUUCCCUGUGCUCUGCCCGGGGCCAAUCAGAGCGGGCCUCCUUGGAGGCGGGAGGCCAGUCCCGUGAUGGACGGCGCCGCUGGCCAAUCACCGCCAAAACCGGACGGCUGAUGCACGGGUACGGCACCCAAUAGGCUCGCGGUCGAGUGGGCGGGCCCGGGCGCAGCGAGCCCCCGCCGGGAGGCCGGGGAAAGGAGGGGAAGAUGGCGGAGUGAGGGGCGGAGGAGGCGGAGGGGCCGGGCCGGCCGCGGCCCCGCGGCCUCGGCCGCGCUCAGCUCACUGAAGAGGAUGUGGAAUGAUCAGAAAUAAUGCUCUCCAGGUCUGUUUUUCCACAUCUUCAUAAGAAUAAGAUUUUCCCAGCAGUCGACGGUCAACCCAAUGAUCAAGUGAAAUGUUUGAGUGACUCAAGAGAGAUAUCGAUAGUGAUAUGUACUGUAUUUCCAUUUUCAUGGUCUACUCACUGCUUCUAACGUAGGAGCUGAAAGUUGUCACUGGAAGACUAUUUCUGGACUUGAUCAACGGAAUGGUUGAGAUCCUCUCCUAAGAAGGUGGUCCUCUUACUUGCUCAAAGGCUAUAAAAUGUGGAUAUUUCUCUUCUAGCAAGCCAAACUCGUCCUUCAUUUCCAUGGAGCUGAAUGAACAAAGAUCUGUCCACUUCUGUUUGAAUCAUCUCACCAAACAUUUGAUUCACCAGAUGACUUCCCCCACAGAAGUAGCCCACUGUUUUAUCAAAACUCAGAAGCAGAGAAACAGAAAUCAGCAUUUGUUUUCCUGAAAAAAUGUCUUCUGUGUCAGCUCUUCAUUCAGCUUUCUGCAUUCUGUUUUAAAAUGAAAAAUACUUUGUAAUCAGAUGCAAGUGGAAGCUGGUGUUUUUCACUGGUAUUUCCUUCUUAAUUUUAGGAAGGUUAAGUACUUUGCUGUGUCAAAUUGGAUUUCCUAGCAGAUAAAGCAUCUGCAUGCAUUGCUGUCUCAGACUGCCCUGAUAUAUACGAAAAGUUGCAGCAGGAAAACCAGGAUGUUUUCUGCUCUGAUAUGAGGAAGAAACUUAGCAAACAACUAGGGGCAUCUCAUACAGGUAUUUUCUAGUCCAGGUCCCAGGCUUGACUUUGUAGAUAGGUGUCAAUUCACAUAAAGCAGCUAAUGCACAAGAACAAAUACAGAAUCAUCAAAAGGAACAAGACCAUUCUACAGUAGAAGAGAUGGGCAGAACAUUUUUCUUUAUUAUAGAAAUUAACUUCUGAUGGGAUGGAAGAGACCAGAACUGUAAAAUUGCAGUUUAUCUACCUGGCUUCCUCGACACAAUUUCAGCUUUUUCCUACCACUGAUGAAAUCUUGUUUUUUGAUUCUUUCAUGACUGAGAGGACCUUUAUGCUUCCUCCAUCUAGGUAGAAAUAGGUCCAAGAAAAUGGAAUGUUAGCCACGUAAGAGGGGCGAGUUGAGAGCAGAAGUACUUAGUACAGUCCUUUUUCUGGCUGUUACUCCUUCCCAAACUAAGGCACAAUCUGGUUGUUCUCAUGUUUACACAAGAUUCUUUGUCUAUGUAAUUUGUGAUUAUAUAGGAUAUUUUCUGUCAUUCUGAGAUGGGAGCAUAUAUUGUUAACAUGCUCCCUGCCAUGGGAUUAUCCAUAACAAGUAAGAUUUUUGGCAAAAAACUACCAGAACUGGGAUAUGUAUUAUAUUCCACCUCAAAUCUGAAACUCUUUUUAGUGCACCUUAUUCCAAGCUUGUGAUUUAGAAAUGUGGCUUGCUAGCUUAAAGUACAGGAGAUGCUAAAAUGGUUGGGGAAGUAUUCUAGAUUUCUUGUUCGAUUUUUCCUUUUAGAAAACUGCUGGAGAGAGCCAGCCUGAAAAUGGCUGAAAAAGCAAACGAUUGAAAUCCUUCUCAAGUCUUGGUGAUUGAUUGCCAGGGCAGCAUUCUAGGAUCAAAAAUGUGGUGACAUUUUAUGGGACCAAGUCCCAUAGCAGAGUGAGGGCAAGCGUUGAUAUUGAUACUAAUCCUCCAAGUAAUGUCUGUGUUUAGACUUGUUUUCUAACAAUAGGAUUUAAUGACAGCUUCACCCAUUUUGUCUUUCCGUGAAGCAAAGAGCAGACAUGUAAGCUCAAGAGUGGUGGGCGGGACGCUGCAUAUGAGGUAAUGCCAACUUUAAUGAGCAGAGAGGUGCUUUAAAAUUGCAUGUAACACUGUGGUGAGCUGUGUGAUAAGAGCUAACAUUGGCAACCACCAUCUUGGCCUGACUUUGCUGGAUAUGGUGUGAACUUUCUGGCAUUGGAGGCAACUCGAAAAGCACACUUUGUUUUAGGGCCUCCUUACGUUGAAGUCAAUAGGAUUUAAUGGAGAUGUCUGUAGAAGCAGGAUCCAUCUCUAAGUGGUGGAAAAUACUGUCAAUAUCAUAGGAUUACAGUGGUUGAAAAGUGUGUGGUAUAAGAAAUGUCUGAUUUAGAUCUGGGAAUUUUCUUCUUCUGCCCAUACUUACCCCUCUGAUGUUAGAAGUAGCAGUUAUUUCUUGCAUAGCUUGAUGACAAAAUACUUGGGGGACAGGAAGGUAUUUUUGUUUUCUGUGGACAUGUACAAAAAUUGCAGAUUUCCCUGACUAGAGAGCCGAUAAUCUAAGCUCCUUAAACUCAAUAUUUUGUAACCUGGAAUUAUAACAAAUAAGUAGAAUUACUGAUUUUUUUCUUAACUCCUAUUCAUGACAGUGUAGCAACAUUAGUUUUCGAGUUUAAUUUUAGAACAUCAGGAUUUUAUUAGGUUAAGGAUCUGUGGCUUUCACAGAAGUAAUACUCCAAAAGUGCAUGCCCAGAAGACCCCCAUUGCUGUACCUUCCUGGCCAGCACCUUUAAAGAGAUGCUGUGUUUGGAAAUGCUGCUUCAUCUGACUCACUUUUCCUUGCUCCGCUUUUCCUUUAUGUUGGUUAGAAAUCUUCCCGUGUGAAAGAUUACGAAAACAAGGGGCAUGUGCAAUAGCUCAUAUAUAUAUAUAUAUAUAUACAUAUAUAUAUUUUAAUACUUGUGGACAAAAUGAUGUUACAAGUUGUUUGAAAACAACAAAAUCACCAAUGUCUUCCAUUUUGAGAUGUGUAUAGUUCCAUAAGCAUUAGUGCUUUGUAGCAAACUGUAGUGCCAUGUUAGGACCAGUGCAUGAGCCUAGUAGUAUUUUUACAAUUUCUGAGUGACAAAUUUAUUAGUAAACAGUGAUGAUAAUGUAAUUAACACUAGAAAGGAUACAAUAGGAGUGUCACAAACAUGGUCUAAACAUGCAGUAUCCUCCCUUUGACAAUGGCAAUGCUAUCCUUAGAAAUGGAACUUGUUCGCUUAAUGGGUUUCAUAGAAUCAUAGUUAACUUUUUGAUAUUUGUCUGUCUGUCCAUUGGCAGUAGUAAGCUAGGGUAUGCAAGUAUCCAUAAUUCUCAUCCCUGUCGGUGUGAUUCUUUUCUCUUAAAUCUUUGUUGGUGUUUUCUUCCAUUUUCAAUUUUAUUGAACCAUCUAUUACCCACCCUGUGAUAUACUCACAAAAGUAUGAAUAUGCUAAGGAGUUUGUGUACAUUCUGUACACAUCUCUUACCUUCAUAUAAUUUACAAAGCCUGUUAAGUAAUCUUGUCCUUUUUUCAGACCUGACUCUAUGAUUAUAGCUAGCAAAACAUUAUCCUCAUUGUGUGAUAAGUUAAUAGUUGCAAAAUGUGAUGUGCUAAUUAUGCAUAGAAGAGUUUUCUCCAUUAUUGCAGGAAUGGGGAACCUUUUUUGGCUGAAAUCCUAUUGAAUCUUAAAAUAACUUGGGUGGAUCCUGCAUUUACAUACAUCUUAAUAAGAGAGAAUACGUUAAGGUCAAAGGCUGUUGGAAAACGAUGUUGCAGGCUGUAUCUGUGCAGCAGGCUGUCUCUAGCCAAUGGAUCAGAGAUUCCCCACCCCUGUAUUAUUGAGAAUUCAGUAUCUUGUAUUUUAGGUAACAUCCAGUUUUGCUUUCCAGCUCUAAGCUAAAUUUUAAUGAUUUCUGUCUCUCCCUCUGCGUUUUUCAGAAGGAAAGUUUAGACCAGGGAAGUAAAAUUGAUUUAGCACUCAGUGGGCAGCUUGGACUAGUCGAAUAGGAGACUGGUAUGAUUCUUGAGAUGUGCAUUGCUCUGUGGAUGGCAUCCUCUGAUUUCCUAGGAAUAAGUCUUUUAUUUGAUGCCAGUGCUGCUCUUCACCCAUUUCUCUCUUUCAGCUUAGAGAGGAUACUGCAUCUUUUUUUCCUGAGACCUGCCUGUAAAUGGCCAUUAUGGGGAGGGAGGGAAUGGGUAGCUUGGUUUUGUAAUUUUGGUACGAUGUAUCUUUAAAGUAAUUAAUCAAAAAGCAUGUACUUCCGUGCAAUGACAGUAAUCCAGGCAGAGUUAAUGUAUGUAACAGGGAAAAAAAAAAACCCCAACAAAACCAACCAAACAACCCUCUGCAUCUAAUAAAUUUCUGAGAAAAUUAGACAGGUGGGCCAUUUACAGCAGAGCUCUGGGGGACCUGUGCUAAGAGUCAGGUUCAAUUCUAAAUGGACGUAGCUGUACCAUUGAAUAAAGUAGUUUAGUGCUUGGGAGAAUCAAUUGAAAAAUACCUCUGAAACUGGAAUGCAAAAUAGCACAGUAUGUAGGGGGAAGAAUCCCUGAUGCAAACAAAGCCAUAAGAUGAUUUAAUAAGAAAAUAGAACUUUAGUAGCAAUAACUGUUUUGCAUGUGAUAGUAAAUAACUUGCAUUAGCAAGACUGUACAGUAGAGUAAGUGGGUAAUAACCAAAUAAGUUUGUGGCGCUCUGUGCUGCAGGGAGUUGUGUGAAGAGUCUUCCUGAGAAGAAGGGUGAAUUCUUCUUAUGUUCCUCUCAUUGGAGGGAAUUUGGCACUUGAAUACUAAGUUAAUGAACAUGAUAUAUAUAUUAAAAAAAGAAAAAUUAGCUUUGCCACAUGUCUGAAGCACUGUCAGUGAGUGCUGGGGGAAGGGCAGACAGUUCUCUUUGAAAGGAUAGCUGAAGUUUCCCUGUAAUUUUUUUUUUUUGAUUUGUAGCCUAGCACUUGCUCUGUUUCUCUGAGAAACUAAACUUAUCCAAAUACUGUACUGUGAAGAGAACCUGAUUCUAAAGUUAGAAGCUUUUGUGGUGGGAAGUACUUUUUGUUUUCUUUGUUUAUAAAGACCAAUCUGAGGUAGUCUUUAAACAAAAACAAAACCAAAAAACCAAAACAUUAGAGAGCACUUGACACUCAAAACAUUUGUGCAUGCCAAGCACAACUGUAGAAUUCUAAAGAUGUUACAGCAGAAAAGAAUUUCAGCUUUGCUAAACACUGCUUUAGACCAUAAUUGAUUUCAGCUGAUGCCUGAAGUUUUGCAGAGGAAUGUACUGUGAAGCCUCUGGUAACACAAAGGGUUAUUGAUCUUCACCUGUAGAUCUGCAUCCAGAAAAUUACUUGCUAUCAAAGGGUUGCAUAAAAGAGCCACAGGAGUUCUAAAACUGUUCCUAGUUGACACUUCUCAGUGUAGAUACCUCAUCUAUGGACGCAGUGUGUUCCAACAUAUAGUAGUGUAUUCUGAACAGAAUCAGAGGUUUAGAUCAAUGUGACUGCAUUUCUUCUUCAAAGCUGAAGUAAUUUAGACUGUAAGCUUCCAGCUUAAUGGAAGCUUCUUGUGUUUUUCAAGCAGGGGGGUGAAGCACUUUGGCUAUUAAUAAAUUGAUAAUGGAACUGUGAGGGCUGUGAGCAUUUUUGCAGUAUAAAGCGACAGGAUAAGCAUGAGAAUGUCUAAAUUAAGUGUUGGCUAAUAUGUAAUAUGCUUAUGAAAACUAAUUGAUCUUAAAGAUUGUAAUCAGCUUAAAUUCCAACGAUUGAUUUUUUGAUAAAAUUGGAAGCUGGCCAUAGGGACCUUCAUUUGAUUGCUCUCUGAUUACAUUUGAGAAAUUAUGAAAUUAUGUGGUCUGUGAUCAGCAAGUACAUUUACAUAACAAUGAAAUUAUAAUGAAAACAAAGUCACAUUCAUGCUUCAGAAGUAUGAAUUUUGUGGCUGAACAGAAUUCUUCGAGGGUAUAUCCACUCAGAACAGGGGGGAGGAAAUAAAGACUGAUGUAGCCGGGCAAGCUAUCUACAUACACUUCCCAGUUCAGGCUUUUAAUAAUGAUCUGAAUUCUGUGGGCUGCUAGACUAGGAAUUACUAUUCACAGCAACAAAAGGAAUCCCUUUGCCUUUCAGCUCUUGUACUAUGGCAUGACUUUUGCCUCAACCUCCUUGAUUUAACAGCUUCUAAACCUAAGUGGAAGUGUCAGGUGCUACCACUCUUGGGUGUGGUAUAUCAAAAGGUACAUUGACCAGUAUUUACAUGCUUCCUUUAGCAGUACUAAACUCAGAUGAUACAAAUAUAUUCUGUUUGUAUAUCCGGUAGUGCUGCUGCAGAAGGUCUAGCCGUACUUGUGUUGGGAAUUGUACCUUCUGAAACUGAGGGUAUUUGUCAAAUUUAUGAGAAAAAAGGAAGUCUUGCAAAGACUUCUUGAUAGUAAGUGGGAAUAAAUUGUACUGAGCUUGAGGAUACUGACAGUUCACAUGAGGAUUAAAUUGUCAAGAACUGGCAGUCUGUUUUUUGGGGGGGGGGCAGAAAAGCAAAAAAUAUUGAAGAUAGAACUCUUUUUGAUGCAUAAUGAAUCUUAGAAAUUACUGCUUCUUGCAUCCUUAGGAAACUGGCUGAUCGUCCUCCAAAACUAAUAGCUUGCUGAUCAGGUACAGAGCUGCAGAAUGACAGUUCAAGUUAGAUUCCACUGGAUUUCUUUCAUGGAAUGAUCCAGCCUUUUGCCCCUGUAGCACUUUGACUAGCACACAAAAGCCACUAGUUGAAUCAGGGUGUCUUGUUCAACAGUGCAGAACACUAACCAUGGAUUCUGAUGUCUGUUCGCUUUCAAUCUCUACACUUCCUCCUGUGUUUUAGAGAAAGUGUCAGUGUUCAUGAUGUCAGCAGAGCGUGUUUCUGUCUCUGAGCCUAUGUACCAGGUUAUAAUAUAGACAAACUCCCAAGACUUUUACCCCAUCUAAAGUUAAAGAUAGAAGGUAACUUUCUUUUCAGUGUGUCCUGUGUAAGUCCUGUCUGCUUCUUUCCACUUCCCUUCCAAAUGAGUGUGUUUGCAGGUCAGAUGAAAGGCAGGUAGUUUGUAAUGCCUUAGGCAUGAAGAACUGCAUGGAGAAACUGAAGGAAAGUGGCACAGGCCCACAAACCAAAUCUUAGAGCUAGUAUUCUAAUUAUGCAUGAUUCAAAAUGUCUAGUGUAAUGUAGUUAUUACCAGUAAAUUGAGAUAUGCAUUUAUACAUAAUGAAGCAAUAGGAAUUAAUAUACCAAUAGCUUGAACUUCCUGCUUUGAUUCUCAAAUUUUGGGUUUGUUUUAGAGAAUGUGCUGCCUCUGUAGAGAAGGGGGCAGAAUGUAUAGAUAGGGACAGAAGCAUGGCACCAAAACUGUAAAUCAGGAACCGAGAUCAGCAGAACUCGCCUUUAUAACCUCUAGUCUGGUUCAUCUCACUGUCCUGAGCAUGUAAAAAGCAGGUCAUGAACUAAGCAUGUUUAGAGGCGAGAUGAGGUUUCUCACCUGCUGCAGCUGUAGCAAGGAAAAGGGUGCAGAGUUUCUUACACAGUGCAGGGGAGCAACUGGUGGGAGAGAAAAAAACCAAACCCACAAAAAAAUCACCCCAAAACCCAAGGCGACAAACAAGUAACAAAAACCACAGACUUAAAUUGAGUGUAGUAUUUGCCCGACAGCAGUAAGUAAUAGCAUGAGUGUGGUGAGAGAACUUAUUUGGAGAAUACUGAAAUUAAUAAGCACAGUACAUAUUUUUUCAGGUGUUGAAUAGCUUUUUAAGAGACAGUAUUUUCAGGUAACUCUAGCCACAUAGGCAGCUGUACUGAAGCAUACUGGUACCAGCCAGCAAUAAUGGCAUCUGCAGGAAUGAACCUGAAAAUACUGGUAAUCUUGUAUAUUUUUUAGUUCUUUAAAGAGAUUUUUAACAACAGAAAAUGAGAUUUGAUCACUGAAGGUCUUUAUCUUCUGCAACAGAGGUUGCAAUUGUCUUGUUUUCUUUAUUUCACUUACUAGAUAAAAGGGAAUUUGGGUGCCAUCUUUCUGUAAACUCUUAGUGUGUUCUCUGUAAUUCAAGUCUCUUAGUGGAUAAUGCAGUCAAUUUCUGCUGGCAGUUUGAAAAUAAGAGAAUUAGUGGCAUAGCCUACGUCACUAAUACUUUUCCAAGUUUAAACUUGUAAUUAAACAUGUAGAAUACUGGCUUGUAAUUGCAGAAUUCCAUACUUGUAGCUUAGCUUAAUUUUGUAAGUGGGCUUAACUUGUGCAGAACACUUCUCCAUGUACAGAGGCUCCAUCCUCUAUCUUAAGUAGAAAGAAGUGUCUUGGAGGAAGAAAAGGUGUGUCAAGUUAACUCCUGUUCAUACUUCAUAGCCAACCAUUCAUAAAGCACUGUGUUUUGGGUUUAGAAUGGGAAUUGUGGUUUUACCCAUUUUUAAAUAUGUAAGGAUUGCCAAAUGAAGAUACAAAUAUUAUAAGAGAAGAUAACUAUUCCAUGGUAUCACAGGUUAGACAGCAUGAAAGUCUUUAAGCCAAUUUCUUCAAGAAACAAGAAAAUUUCUAAGACAAAGUUAGCCCAGUGGUUAACCAUGGUAAUUUUUAAUUCUUUAGAACACUAUGCAUGGUUUUAAAGUCUGUUAAAUAUUGUAAUGAGUAAGCCAUUGUAUCCUUUAUAUGUCCCUUCAGUAUAACCUGGGGAAUGAGCUACUUCAGGAUAUCAGUGAAGUUAUUUUCCUUUUGAAAAAUACAACAGCAAAGGAGAAGUGUUAUGUAUAAAUUCUUUAAAAUUACGUUAGUACUUAAUAGGCUAAUGAAUACUUAUACUGAACUUCUGAUACCAUUCUUGCAUGGAUUAGUGGAGGAAAUUAUUGGUGUGACUACAAACUAUGUACUCCCAUUGCACAUGUUUUACAUGGUAACAGUGAAAGAAUGUGUCCCUGAAAAUUCUGAUUUUUUCCAAAAGGCAGCUUGCUUUUAUAUCUAUGCAUCUUUGAGGAUUUCAAGAUAAGAUUUUAUUCUUUUGACACUGUAAAGAGGAACUGUUUAAAAAUGAACCUGGAAACUCUGCACCUGUAUACAAACUUUUUUAGCAAUAAAGCAGCACAGGCUGAGAAUGCACUAAAA